AAAUUGCUUGCGUGAGUUGACACUCUUGGCUCUGGAUCAUGGAAUGCCCCAAAUGGCGCUUGGGUGAGUUGGAAAAAUCUUAUUCCGAUUUGGCGCUGCCCUUGUCUCAGAUUGAAGCAGCUCGGGCUUUGAAUGUAUUCCUUGAAACUGCAGGAAGUUGCACAAACCAACCAAUGUCAAAUACACAUUGAUGUGGGGAUUUGGCAACACUCUACACGGUUGCUUGCCUCGAGGACUCGGAAAUGAGUCCUUUCUGGACUUGAUGAGGAGGCUCUUUGGGAAGACGGAGAAGAAAACGAAGCCCUGCUCUGCUACUGUGAGAGAGGAGCUUUGCCACCUCCGCCGGCAGGCCAACCGACAGCGCUGGACCUGUUGGGAAAGUGAUACUGCUGGUGUAGAAGUUGAGGUUGCGAUGAUGAGUGGCCGUUCCUGGCGGUUCAUCAUUGGCAAUGGCGCGAAGGGUGGCGAAGUAAAGGAAAGACUUGCUGAGUUGUCUGGCAUUCAUUCCACAGAGCUAUCUCUCCUUUGUGGUGGAGUGCAGCUUCAAGACCAUGAGGUGCUGCUCGCCACCUACGCUGAAGCGCUCAACAAACCGCCUCCACAAUUGCAGCUUUUACGUAUCUUCAGGCCAUCAGCAAUAAGCUGCAGCACAGAUUGUACAUUGAAGAUUUGGGACUUGGAGAAAGCCACUUGCGUGAAUACCUUGCGUGGUCAUGGUGAUGGAGUCAUGUCACUCACAGUAGAUUGGAAAUCUAGAUAUGCAGUAAGCGGGUCCCAUGACUGCACCCUCCGCGUUUGGGACCUUGAUCAUGGAAUUUGCGUUCAAGCGAUUCAGGUGGCAGAACACCCUGCCUUUUGUCUGGAAUUUGAUCACAGUGCUCGCAGAAUCUUGACAGGUUCUUGGGACAACAACCUCAAACUUUGGGACAGUGAACUUGGCGUGUGUGUUGGCACACUCAACGGCCACAGCGGCAUGGUGAAGGCCGUGAGGCUGCACUGGCCAAACCAUAAGGCUAUCAGUGGCUCUUGCGACGGUACACUGAAACUUUGGAACACGGAACGUUCAACAUGUACUCAGACCUUUGAGCAUGGAGAAGAGGUAUGGGCGGUUGACGUUGACUGGAUUAGUUCGACAGCGCUCAGUGGCUCCAUGGAUGCUUCUAUUUGCUACUGGAAUCUGAAGAGUGGGGCCUGUCUUGGAACUUUGGUCGGCCACACUGAUGCAGUAUCCUGUCUUGCACUUCGCUGGUCCGAAGGCCAAGCAUUGAGCGCAUCCUGGGACAAAACUGUACGAUUGUGGGGGCUACCAAACGCAGUCUGCUUGGCAGUCCUUCAGAACGGGCACGCUGUCACCACAAUGUCUGUGGAUUGGGUCCAUCGUACUGCCUUGGCAGGAUCACCAGAGGCCAUGAGGCUUUGGAAUUUCGAGACUCAGAUUUGUGAACAAGUUCUGGAUGGCCAUUUGGAUGUGGAAAGAAAGGAUUCCGCAACCAGCCCUACCACUCCAGUAAGCGUUGGCCACGAUGAAGCCGUUUCCUUCUUGGUGAUGAACUCUUCAGAGAGCUUUUUUUUCGGACUGAUGUAGCAUUAGGGCCAUUUGCCUUUCCGGGCUUGUUAUUUUCGCAGAUUCAGCGUCAGGGAAAUUUCAGGUAUUUUCCAUCAGCCCUUUGCGAACCGCAAGGUGAUUUAAGCGUCCCUUUGGUUUGCUUGGUCUUCCAACCGUGGCAAGUACAGUUGCUGAAGGCUGCCUUUUACUUUCCGAAUUUGCGCCUUUCGGACGUCCUUUUGGGGUCACAAUAGGCUGCUUUUGUGUGGCUUGUCAUCAGAGAUGACAGCUCACAGCCUGCUGCCCAAGAAUGAUGCAGCAUGCGUGACUUUGUCGCCUAUGUC